UGCACUCCUUGUUUGAUACAUGACAUCAGUGGCUUUCUUUAGGGAGAGAAACACUGGAAGCACUUCAGAGAAGAGAUACUACCAUGUAAAGCAAAGGGGUGCUCACUCUCCUAUAUGUUUGUUUCCUUCCUCCAUUUUCCACCAAACCACCACUCCAGUAGCAUAACCAAAGCAGCUCAGCUUGCUACUAGUGCUCACUACGCUAUGGCUUCUCUGCUCUUUAGGGACAUGAAGGGCCUUUCGUGCUCGUCUCCGGCGUCCACCGCGAUAUGCCCGACCUUGGAGCGUCAGCCGAUGGUCCGGUCGCACAAGAGUACCAUUGCUAGUGCCAGCCCGCUGUCUCAGGCUCCUACCGAGCCCAGAACACACAGACAUGAUGGCAAGAAAGGCCAGCAGCACAAGGCUGUCGCAAACUGCGGUGGCCUCGUCAGCCCGGCCGGCUCGUCCAGGUACCUGCUGAGCGGCCGCGCCACCGCCGUAGCCAAGGAAAUCCAGGAGGUGGAGUCUGCCCCGGCCGUUGAUGCUAGGACGGAAGAAGCAUCUGAUGCGAAGAGCACACAGGCGCAGGAGCAGGUAGUUGUGCUGAAGGUAUCCCUGCACUGCAAAGCAUGCGCUGGGAAAGUGAAGAAGCACCUCUCCAAGAUGGAAGGUGUGACAUCGUUCGACAUCGACUUCGCGGCCAAGAAAGUGACGGUGGUCGGCGACGUGACACCUCUGGGCGUGCUCAACAGCGUGUCCAAGGUGAAGAACGCCCAGCUCUGGGCGGCGCCGCCGGCGACAGCCGCCUGAAGGGGGAAAAGAGAACGGAAACCUGAAACCAAAGCUAGCUUAGCUUAGGAUCCGUUCGCCGUGACUGGUGAGGAGGCUAGGGAGUACGGAGCUGGAGCUGUGCACGCAGCCACGCACGCACGGCACGCGUGUGGGCCACUGGCCACAGAUGGCCAAGGACAGCGAGCUGGGCCAGUGCGGCUGUGAUGGUGUCUCCUCGACCAGCAUGCGUCCAUGUCCUGACCCUUGCUUUGGUUCUUCCUGUGGUCGUCUUGUGAUCUUCUCUUGUUUGCUGUGGUUGGCGCCAUGCGAGGUACAUGCAGUCUUUGCGCUUCUUUCGCUGUACGAGUGGGUGGCACUGCAUUUUCCUCUUGCUGUAAUAUAAGCUUGACUGCGUUGCUGUUCUGGACUUUAUGGAAAAGUGAAUUGACAUGAAAAGUUGGUG